AUGGAUCACAUAUCAACGCUGUGUGCGCUGAGCACUGUAGGCAUUGCGACCAGCGGCCUUGCCCUCGGUCGCGCUGAACGAGCCAAGUCCAGCAUCUUUCGGCGGAAAACGUUACCAUACGAUUCACUCGCCCCUACUCAGCCUACAGUCGAUGUGCGGCCGAAGACCUCGGUAUCAUCCCGGCCCAGCCAAGCGGGGGUGGAUGGUCCUUCUAGUGAACUCGGGAUCGAUGGAAGUGGUUUGCGCACCGGCCAAUUCCAGGGUCCUGAUCUCCGGAGAGCAUCCCUCUCCUUCGGAGCCGCCAGGCUUCGCCGUCGCGGACAAACAUUGACCAACCCUCCCUUGCGAAUCCCCGAGGAUGAAACAACCGAAUCCUCGACAGAAACGGAGUCACACUCGCGGCGACCGUCUACAAGUUGGUUGCGACGGCUAUCGAUGGUUUCCUUCCAAUCUGAAAGCCAGACAACCAACAGCCCCGUGACCCCUUCCUUCACCGGGUCUUCCAGUCCGAUUUUCUCUCGCCCGUCCAGCUCACGUAGAUCUUCCAACAAGCUUGUCAAGCGCUCGUCUUCCCAAUAUUCGAACGCCCAUCCCCUCUUUGUCAACACCUCCCCGCGCCCCACCACCGCCUUGCGCAGGCCAGCUACCAGCUAUCAAAGGUCAGAGACCAUACGAUUGCAGUCUCCUUUGGCUACCAGUUUCGAGCCCUUCUCGGAGCCUUAUGAAAUUCCCGCGGCCGAGGAAUUCGAAGUUACAUCAGACCAUGAUUGGCAGCCAUAUUUAACCCCCAAGUCUGAGGGACUCCCAGAAAGGUUGGCUCGAAGACUGUCCACUGCAGGCACCCCACGAGUCCAGAGUGUGCGGCGGAUCGUCUCCGAUCAGAAUGCUGUUCCAGCAUUGGUUCUGGCGACCACAAUCCUAAAUAAGAACUCAACUCUUUCCCCUCGGGAUUCGUCCAUACCCACCACUCCAGUUCUAUUCCGUGAUCCGUUCCAGACGAGCACCGCUCCUCCACCUGCACAGCCUAUGCACAGACCUGUUCACAAACAUUCAUAUUCUCUCAACGAUGUUGAGCCGAAAAGAAUUGUCGUAAAUACAGUGACGGGCUCCGGCACCCCACUGCUAGGGCGGCCGCGAGGCGGUUCUUUGAAACGGGUCAAGGGAAGGACCUUCUCCAUUCCUCGUUCAGAGUUUUCAAAGGAGGAGAGCCAGGAAUAUGUAAAUCCCGGCUCUCCUCGCUCUCCUCCGCUGCCGCAACGGAGGAAUAUCACCGAUCCCGCUAUAUUUCGCCGACCAGCUAUCUCUUCGGACCUCUCAUCGUCGAAUUUUGCUCCUCGGUCGGUGUCUCAAGAUUACAAUAUUGGCUUGCGUGGGCGCCGCCCACUAACCUCUGAUGCCGUUGCCCUGUCUACGUGGCAACACGCAUGUCGGCCGGAUGGCUAUACAUACUCUUCUCUGCGCCGUCGGCCCAAAAGAGACUCGAUUGCAGUGUCGAACCCGUCCUCCACUGUCAUUGGCUCCGAUGUUACACGAGUCUUCACAACGAGUGAUGAAUAUGAAACUGAUAUGAUGACUGACUACUGGGACUCCAUCCGCACUCGCGAGACGAGUGGCAGUGGGCUCGGAGGACUGCGUAUCGAGACAAUGUUCGACAAGGCAGGGACACGUCUGUCAAACGAGGAAGUGAUGACCCUGGAAGAGCUCCUUCCGCGUGGCUCAUUUGCGUCGCGUUUUGAAAAUGACCCGCCACUGUUUCCAGAACCUCUCCUCACCUCUCCUCUGGUACCUUUCCGUAUGAAUGAACAUACACCGGUCCUGUCGGAGGAAGAUGAAGAAACACGCAGCAUGAUCGAGGCGUUACCUAGCGAGGUCAUAGACUCCUCUCGCCAAACACCUCUGACAAUAUCUUUGUCAAACCCCUUCGCAGGACCAGGAUCGCAAAUUUCCUCUACGGAAUUUUCACCUAGCUCCCCUGUCGAUGAUUUGCAUCAAAGCCAGAAAAUAAACAUCUUUGACUGGUCCGAGCAGUCCCGAACGAAUGGUGAUGUCUCUGACUCCGAGGCGCGGCCGAGAACGGUGCACGGAAAACACAAUGCUGUCAACAGAGGGAGCCGUGCAGCCUGUCGUAAAGUACCUUCCGCCAUCCAUCUUCGGAGUCAAAGUGUGCCCGUUGCGCGAGAACUUCCCAUCAACGACACACGCCAGACCUCUGGCAAAUUCGGCACGUGGGGCCUUGGCAGCAAAGGUGUGAGCGAGGAUUGGGAUAGUGAUUUCGACUUUGACGCCGAGGAGACGAGCAUCAGUCAGAAUGUCCCGUCAACCUCGGACACUGUUCCCUCUCAGAUCAUGACUGUCCCCAAGGCCAUCCUUGAACGCCAAGCAAGCCUUCGAGGUCAAUUCGGUCAAGUGCAAGAACUGACCAUGCUCGUUCAAGAACUGAAGCGUCUUCGACAUCAAGCAAGCAUAUUGGAUCUCAUAGAUGGACCGUCGAGUGAGCUGUGGAAAGAAGCCGAGGGGAUUGUCAACCUUGCAACUAUCGAUGAUGAAGAAGACCGCCGCUCUCCUCCGGGCUCCCCUUCAUCCCUUACGUUCAGCUUUGAUGAUUCUGAUGAAGAGGGACUAAAUGUUUCCUCCAAAAGAAAUAGUGAAGUUUCCUGGCACGAUGCUCAGCGACAGCAAAAUCAAUUACCCUCCCCGCCAUUCAGGCAACCGAAAGGGGACAGCGAAAGCUCAUGGCAAAGCGGCUCACAGCCGGAGAGUCACCUGUACAGAUCGCCGCUCUCUCCGAAGUCAAGAUCUGUCAUCGAUAUUCUUCAAUCUAAUCGACCUGAUGCCUCGACCUUGUCUGAACUUUCGUCGGCUCCACGCACCCAGAAACUACCUUUUGAUACCCAGUCACUUCGGGACCUGGUAGUCCGGGCCGGGGUCGUCACUCGUGCUCUAAAGGAGGUUAUUCGAAAGGCAGAAGGCGUUGACCCGAGUUCAGAAGGUGUUUUUCCUGCUGAUCCUCCAUUCCGACGAAUUUUCGAUCAACCAGACGAUAUUGCGGCGGCACUCGCUGAAAUGCACUAA